AUGGCCACAUACUUCGAAUUGAGCUGGUCCAUCUUGAGCAGCAUUGGGCUCUUUGCCACUCUUGUCGGCGUCUGGGCUCUCUUCAUCAGUCGCCCCAGCCCAUUGACCUAUAUUCCAAUCGUGGUGUCCAUUUCGUGUGCAAUAGCGAACGGGGCCUGUUACUACGCAUUCUAUGCCACCCAUUAUCCGAUCCCCAACAGAGCCGUAGCAAGUGGCUUUGCCGACUUCUUCUGGCUGAUCCAAGAGGCAGGCCUCUCCUUUUACAGUUACCAGAUCCUGGUCCAUACCCUUCGCGGAACCGCGCGCACUAUCUUUCUCUGCAUGUUCUGGUUCCUCCUGGUGGCUAUCACAUCGCUUCGUAUGACCAUCCUGGUCUAUCGGAUAUUGAAUAUCGUCAGCGGUGUCGAUACCGUCCAUUCCGGCGGGCCGUACCAGCACCAGAUCGGCUACCUUCAUGUCGGAUAUUUCACAUCGAUCGCCCUCGUUGAAACUUGGAGCUCCUUUUUUCUCAUUCGUCUGCUCCAUAAUGCCUAUCGAGUCUCCCCGAAAAUCUCCUCUACCAGACUCAUUUUCCGGUAUCUUCUCCGUACAACCGAGAUUCGCGUCGCGAGUCUCUGCUUUAUCGGAAUCACGCGCGCCGUGACUUACUCGUCGCAAGUCACCUCGCAGUCCGCGACUACAGUUGCUGGGCAAAUCGACCGAUUCGCAUAUACUAUGGAGUGUUUGUUCCCGCUAGUAAUGCUGAUCGACACCAUGUCUUCCAGAAAGCUGAACCAGGAUAACCAUAUGGAAUCCUUUUCGACGUUCAGUCCUUCCUCUACGCCCGCUAGGUCCCUGCUCAGUACACAGUCCCGCAUAAACUCUGGCCACCAGCUUCGGUUCGCAGCCGACCCGCACUUUACCCACCACACUCCCUCCGCAGCCCACGGUCCGCGCAAGAUCCGAUCGAUCGCCCAAGACCAGAACGAAAAUAUUGAUGGUCGAUCUGUGGAUGCUCCCGGCGGAUCAUUAUAUCGUACGGAUGACUUCAAUUCUCAGAAUCCUCAGGCUCAACAGCUUGCUAUUUCCUUUUAG